AUGUUUUCUGGUAUUUUCAAGUUGAACAGUUCCCUAAGAGUGAACUUUACAGCGCUACAGCGUAACACUGUUCGCUCCGUAUCGAUAUUGGGCAAUUUAAAACCCUCUGAAGGAUCUACCAAAGGUUUCAAAAGGUUGGGUAGAGGUCCAUCUAGUACAAAAGGUAAGACUUCUGGUAGGGGUCAGAAGGGCCAAAAAGCUCGUGGUAAAGUAAAAUCAUGGUUUGAAGGUGGUCAAACGCCAAUUUAUAAACUUUUCCCCAAGAUUGGAUUUACCAAUGUGAAUGCAAGACCGUUAAACGAAUUGAAUCUUCAGAGAAUCCAAUGGUUCCACGAUUGUGGCAGAUUAAAUUUGGAACCGGGUGAAGUUUUAGAUAUGAAAAAGAUGAAAGAUUUAGGACUUGUAACUGGACCUAUCAAACAUGGUAUUAAAAUAUUAGGUAAUGGGAAGACAAAUUUCAACGUACCGAUUAAAAUCGAAGCCAGUAAAGCUACACCAGAUGCAAUUCAAGCAAUUGAAAAGGUGGGUGGUGAAUUCACAUCACGCUACUUCAGCCAAUUCGGAUUAAGAGCGCAUUUGGUACCACAUUGGUUCCUAGAGAAGAGAGGUAGAAUUCCAUUACAAGCAAGACCCACUAAGAGGAAAGAUAUUGAAUAUUACAGUGAUGAAUCCAGAAGAGGCUAUUUGAUUAAGGAAAAAUCUGAAUAUUGGAAAACCAUUAUGGAAGCCAGACAAGGUGGUGCCGCUCAGAUGGGCAAAAAGAAAACAAAGAGAACACCAUUAGAAUUACAGUUAGAAAAAUUAUCUGAGGAUUCUAAGAGUAACAAAUCUCUAACUGUAAAUUCUAAGAUUAUUACCUUAGAAGAUUUCAAACAACAACAUUGA